AUGGACCAUAAACGUAAAAAAUAUGCUUGUACCAGAAAAAGAAAAUUGAAAUCAAACGUUGAAGCAAUGAACAGAAAUAGAAUUCAAAGGUCCGCUGCUGGUUCUCGCCAACCAUUGUCAGAUGUUAGCAACAUUGAAAUUAACGAACACCGUUUAUCAGGACAUGACGAAAGUAGACUGUUACGAACGACUUUAACAAAUAUAGAGUCUGUAACAAAGCCUGACAGUCAAGAUAUGACAAAUAAAAAGGAAAGACGGAAACGAAAGUUUGAUGAGGCUUUUCCCUUUCGCCGAAUUUCAGUAAGAAAACGUCAGGAGCUUAUAAAUGUUUGUCAAAACCACCAGCUACAAAUUGAAAAUUGUACAGAAAUGACCAAUGAUGCCGAACUUUUUUGCCUAGACGGACGAAGAAUCGUAUCGAUCAGAUAUUUUUUAGAAAUUUUAGGGAAGAUUGCUGAUCAUAAUGUUAAAUCCUUUGGAUGCAGAUAUACAAAUCUGAAAUGUAUCGGUGAGCGACGAAAAGGUUUUGUAUCAAAAUUACGUUUUAAGUGUGAACUCUGCAAUUCAGAGUUCGACAUAUGCACUGAAGAUCCAUCUAACACUUGUGAUGUAAAUCACGGUGUUGUUGCAGAUAGCAAUCCCGCUGAAACAUUCAAUUCGGUGAUAGCUAAAUAUGUGGGAGGUAAACGAAUUAAUUACACACAAAGAAAUUCAUACCAAGAAAGGUGUGUGGCUGCAGCAAUUUCUUUUAACACGAAAAGGCCAAUAUAUACAAUCUACAAGCGCAUAUUUGGCGAACCCACUGGUAAAUAUACGAAUUCAUAUGAGACACAAAAACUGAAAAGAAAAGUGUACAAAAGAUCUUUUCGAAAAAGAUUUCUUAGAAAUAUGGAUGAUCCAGAUUAUGGACAAAAAUCACAAAGACCAGAUAUGACUGAAGAAGAUUUUCAGAUGUCAAAAAGUGAAUUUCUUAAGCAAAUGGAACUUUCAGACCAACAAAGAGACGAUCUACAGAUACAUACGAUAGAUCAAAGUUCUAGUCAAGACUAG